CCCCCAAGCGAGCAAAGUUGUAACAACAAGUUUGGCUGCUUGGCAUUGAGGGAGGCAACCAUCUGGUUGAAACAGAAGUGACUUCCCAACCUCCUCUGACCCAGAUUUCUUCUUGUUUGCUUUCCUUUCUUCUCUUUCUCUUUCUCUAUGCGUGGGAAGGUUCGAAAAUGGCUAACCCUUUUCUAGUUGACAAGGUGCAGCCAUACCAUGACCAUGGUACACUUUUUGAGAUAGGUUUUUGGAGUUCAAUGCUUGGUCAACCAAAAGGGCACUAGAAAAGCAAAAAGAUCUGGUUUUGCUAGGAGUCUUCAAGGGCGGCGAAGUUGAAGCUGCAUGGUUCCUUUCGCCAAGGAAUGUGAUGUGGGAAAGACGGGACUUGUUUCCAGUGCCGAUUCACUUUGCUUUCCCUUCAGGCAAAAUGGAGGAUUGGAUAGGUUAGGCCAAAGACAUGCUGGCCGAAGAUGGCUUCUCUUACUGGCCGUUAGGAUACUCAAAUCCGUGGCUUUGAGCCAGAGUCUACAGAUCAAUGGCAAUGUUGAGUGCCUUCGCCGUUUGGUGAGGAGAUGGUGCACAAGUACUCAUUCCUUCAUUCCAUAUAUACAUGUAGCUUUCCUUAUAGCUUGGCUAAGCAAAUUCAUUUUUGGAGGUUUUUCGAAACAUGAAAUCAUGGUUGAGUGCAUCCCAAUAGCCAUCUGUUUGGCUAAAGGUGUAAAGUUAUCGUUGGCCCCAGUAAUGUUGGGUACACUCUACCACAUGCUUGAUUUGCUUCAUACUGAUGAAAUUCUUGGUGCUGGAUACUAUAUCAUUGAGACACACACAUGCUUGUCUUUGCUGCAAAUGUUUACAUGGGAGAGAUUUUGUCCAUAUCAUCUUGGCUGUGUUACCAACGGUAAGGCUUUAAAGGAAUAUCUGAUGAUAAAGUGCGGCUACACUAGUGGGACGACUCUGUUGGCUUGCUCCUGGAUUAGAAAGAGGAAAGUAAAGGGUCAGGUGGUUCCAGAGAUCAACAACUUCCUCGAUGAUUAUGGUAGCUUCAAUUUCCAUGCAUAUAAGGCGAUACCGGGGCAUUUGCACCACCAGAGGAGAUUUGAAACAUUUAGAGAUGUUGGUGGUGAUAACACCAUCUAUACUGCCAUGUAUCAGAUGGCGAGGGACUUGGAGCUUGGAGCUUGGAGAGCUACUAUCCAGAGAGAGUUGCACGACAGUUUGGCUAUGAUUAGGACAUCCCUCCUGCUCCUCUUUCAGAUAAAUCAAAUUGGAAUAGGGCCAUGCAGCCUUAUAUUGAGGAAGCUGCUUCAGCCAUGUGGACUGAGGCGAGGCCAAUGGGGAGUGGGUGCUUGUAUGCCUCCCAAUUCCGAGCAUGGUGCAGGAAGAACAAAGCCAAGGCGAAAGUGUUGGCGAAGAGCAAUAGCAGGGGCUAGCUGGCAGUGUGAGGCUAGCCAAGCUACUCUUUCGAAGAAGCCGGUUCUGGGCAAGACAAAAAGCAUAGCCUAUCCAUCGAGGGGCGGAGCACAUAGGGCUUUCGCUUUGCCAACAAGUAGACAAAGCAAGGCCAAGGCAUCCAUGCCUUCAAAGUCAAAAGCCAGCAAAGAAAGAGAAACAAGCAAUGCCAAUGACAACGAGGAGAGCUCUUGGAGCAAUUCGGAUUCAAAGACGAUCGAGCGGACCAAGAAACCGAAACCCAUUUCCGGUAACAAGCACCCACAUGAAAGACGCAGCAACUCGAGUUCCUUAUUGCCGAGGGAUGAAUUUGUAUAGUUUUGGAAUUGGCAACGUAUGCAAUGCUGCGUCAGCAAGAUCGGCUUUGGACUUGUGACUAGAGAAGGUUCACACGAUUCAUCUCUAUGUCAAAUAUGCUAUAUCAUACUUUUUCGUUGAUAGCCGCAAUGGAGUCAGCAUUGUCAGAAGUCGUAUUCAUCAUUAUUUCUGCUAUACAUCACCGAAAGUGACAUCUACUCACUUUGCUGGAAAUGAUACAAGCAUAUUCUACUUCGAUGACGUUCUCUUAAACAUAGCCAGACAUGGCUACAUUUGCUUCCAUGACAUGGCUGGACGUUUUUGACAGUCAUGUCAUCUACAACAAUAUUUGCUGCUACAUCUUUCUAGCUCCCAACAAUCGAUAAAGAGUCGAUUUUACU